AUGUAUUUUAAUAAAGAUAGAAAGGAUAAAGAUGAGGAGGUAAAAAAAAAUGUGGUAGUAAAUAAAAGUAUGAUGGUCCAGAAAAAUAAAAAGUACGUGAAGAAUAUGAAGCAGUCAUCUUAUAAUAUGAAAUAUGUAAAUAAAUUUUAUAAACGUAAUAGUAAUAUUUCAACGUUUAAUAAUAAUAAUAAUUUUACCUUUAUGAAUUUUAAUAAUUUAAAAGUUGAAAAUAAAAAUAACCAACAUGCAUACUUUAAUAGAAAUAGUAAUUUUAAUAACAACAUUAAAGAUAAUAUACGUUCAAGCAUUUAUAGUAAUAAACAAAAUUAUUUUGAUCAGGAUAACAUAAAUUAUAAUACUUUAAUAAAUUCACAAACAUGUGUAUGUUCUAUACAUAUAGACAAAUCAGAUGAUGAUAUUAGUAAACAACAAAAUAUAAUUAAUCAUUUAGUUUUAUAUAAUAAUUUAAAUCAUAGUUCAAAAAAUAGUUAUCCUACCUUUAUUGAACAAAUUAAUUUUACAGAUAAUAUUGUUUUGUUGACGGGUAUAUUAAUUCUACCAUAUAAUGAUAAAAUUUUUAAUAAUCUUGAAUUUGAAGGCAAAACAAAUCCUAUACCCUCAGAAUGUAAUUUAAGUAUAUAUGUUAAUGUAGUAAAUCAGUAUGAUUCUCAUUAUUUUAAACAAUUAUAUAAAUUAUCUUAUAAUUUUAAAAACAGACUCUUAUUUGCUGCAACAAAUAAUGAUACUAUAGAUUCAUCUCUAUUAAUUGAUCAAAUUGUAAUCAAAGGAAAUUUUAAAAAUUUAUCUCUCAUCGUACUUGGACAGAUAGAAAAUGUUGGAGAAUCCCUUAGAUAUUUCAAAGAAAAUCUGUACGACAACAACAUGAGAAGUAGCACUAAUAAAGAAACCUUGGAUGUAGAAAAUGUCGAUUUUGAAAAGGACGAAAUUUAUGCCCCACAUAAAAAUGUAGACAUAAAAACGUAUAACUUGAACAGUUUAAUAAAAGAUAAUGUUCCUUUAGAUAUUCUUAAUUAUGAAUGGAAUAUAGAACACAAUUUUAUACAAACGAGCUAUAGAAACACUCACUUGUAUAAGUUGUCAAAUGUUUUAGAGGAAAAAUUUUUAUUAAAUAAUAUUCAACAUAUGAGUCAACUUAAGGAUGAGAAAAAUGAUGAGGAACACAAAAAUGUGAACAUGAACAAAAAUGAUGAUGAACACAAAAAUGAUGACGAACACAAAAAUGAUGAGGAACACAAAAAUGAUGAAAUUUCAAAUAAUCAAGAAGAAAAACAUUAUACCGAAUCAAAAAACGUUUCAGAGAAUAUCCAAGAAGAAUCCAUAAUAAAUGAACAUAUAUCUAGUGAUAAAGAGAAUUCACCAAAUAACAAUAAUAAUAACAACGAUUUAAAGAAAAAUAAAAAAAGAAACGAAAAAUGUGUCCUUACCAAUACAAGUAUAAAUAACAAUCUCUUGAAUAAUGAUAAUAAUGAGAAGGAAAAUGUAAGUCAUAAUGAACAUACUGAUAUAGAAAAAAAAUACAUAAUGAAGGAACCAUUUGUACCACCAAGUAACAGAUUAAUUAUACAGCUAUUAAACGAACUAACUACUAUGUAUAAAAAUGAAAAAGAAAUAUAUAAAAAUAAUAUUCCUAUAUUUAAAAAAAUUAUAAAAUUUGGUGCUAUGUGGAUAUUUUAUAUAUAUAAAAAUAUACAAAAUGAAAAGGAUGGAUUCUUUUUAAACUAUUAUAAGUAUAUACAAAUUAAAUUACAUGAUAUAUUAGGUGCACUUUUUAUAUUAAGAAGAUGUGCUUUAUAUCCAGAAUUAUCAAAAUAUAUAAUACAUCUUAACUUUAAUACAAAUAUUCUAUAUUAUGAUUCUACAUGUCCCCAUGUCUUAAUCAAUUUAAUUGACAUGCUUCAUAUCCAUGAUAUAUAUUUUUUAUCCUCAUGGAAAAUUAAAACGGCUAUAUUAAAGACCAUAAUUGCAUUUGUCUCGAAUGCCUAUGUUAUGAACCUUUUUUGUAAUUACGUGGAUGAAAAUAAUGACACGCUGUAUAAAAGGUUAUUAGAGUUGUCAUCACACAGGAAGCUGAAAAGAUAUAAUAUUAAAAGAUUGCUGGGUAUAAUUUUAAGCAAGGUUAAACUUUUUGAAGAAAUAAGCAAAUGGGAAGAGAGCAUCAUGAAUAUUAUUACGAAUAGAAAAACGUAUGAACCUAAUUUGUUUAAUAAAGAAAUAUGCUGUAAACUUAUAUAUGAAUUAAAAAAUGUACACAAAGAAUUAUUUCAGCAUACAUGUUAUUAUAAAAGUAAAAAUAGCUGUUAUGAUGCUCUGUAUGAGAAUGAAAUUUUUGUUUUUGAUGAAAAAAAUAAUAAGAAAAAUUUUUACAUACAUAAAAUACAUAAUUAUAUUAUUUCAUAUCUAGAAUAUAAACAAUUUUUUAAUCUUUUUCUUUAUAUUUUAAAAGAAUUUGAAAUACACAUUAAAAAUUCCCUCUUCUUAAAUUCUUAUGAUAUUUGUUUUAUUACAGCUAUGAAUGAUUUCGUGUUUUAUUUCCUGAACUGUUCAGGUGGAAUUAAUGUGUUAAUGAAAUAUAACAUAUCUCUAUAUGAAGUAUUUUAUAGGAACAUAUGUUUAAUAAUAAAUAAAAAAAUGAAAGAAAUAAAUAUGAGUAUAAAUGAGAAAAAAGAAAAUGAAAUGAAUGAAGCAAAUAAUAAUGAAGAUAAUUAUUCUGACGAAAAUAAUAUUCCAAAUGAAAAUAUGAAUAUAAUAAAAGAAAACAAUAUUAACGAUUAUGAUGAUAAUAUGAAUGAUCAGGUUGAUGAUAAUCUUAAUAAUAAUAUGUAUUUCCAAGGAACUAAUAAUAUAAAUAAUCCAAUGGAUGAUAUUAUAUAUGACAAUAAUUAUAAUACAAGGAAUGAAGAUAAUGAAUUGACAUGUGUAUAUGACGACCCGUAUAGCGAAAAUUAUACGCACAAUAAUGAAAAUAAAAAUGAUAAUAAAAGUGGUAUUCAUAUUAAUAAUAAUAAUAAUAAUAAUAAUAAUAAUAAUAAUAAUAAUAAUAAUAAUAAUAAUAAGGGGUAUUUUUUUAGUGGACAGGGACCAAAAGAAACAAAUGAUUUAUUAAACAAUGAAGAAGACAAAAUUAAGGAAAGUAAUUCAUAUUUUUUAAAUUCGAAUUAUACUACAGAUAAUAAUAAUAAUAAUAAUAAUAUGAAAGAAGAAAAAGAUGUAGUUUAUAAUGUAGAUGAUAUCAACAUGGAAUUCAUAUAUAAUGAGAAGAAUUUCUUUUAUGAUAAUAUAAAAAGUGUAUAUACAUAUAAUGACAUAUUAAGAAAUAAAGAUAUAUCAGAUGAAUUAUAUUUAAAUGGAUAUAAUUAUAAAGACAUGAAAAAUAUACGUAAUUAUUGUUCUUAUAUUCUUUGUUCAUUAAAAAUAUUUUGUAAAACAAAUAUAUUAAUAUAUAACUUUUUUAAUAGUGGCAAAGAAAUAUCUUUAACAUAUAUUAAAUUUUUUAAUGUUUUAUGUAAUUAUCCUUUAUCCAAGCUAGCCAUAUUUAAUAAUAACAACUUUUAUAAUUUCUUUCAUCAUAUUAUAUAUUUAUUUUAUUACUUUAUAUAUUUAGAAAAAAUAUAUGAACAUAAUUGGAAAAAAAAUAACAGAAAAAGAAAAAAUGACAUAAUAAAGAAAAACAAUCAAACGGUACAAUAUGAAAGAGAAACACCCCAAGAAAUUGAUCAUAAUAAUGAUGAUGAUGAUAAUAAUAAUAAUAAUAAUAAUAAUAAUAAUAAUAAUAAUAAUAAUAAUAAUAGUAAUAAUAUAAAUCAUUGUGUUAAUAAUAUAAAUAUACUUGACCCUUCAAAUAAUUCUCAACAAGAUAAUAAACAAAAUAAUGACACUAAUGAAUUUAUUUUGGUAUCUAUAAGAUAUUUAUUAAAUAUUAUUUAUAAUUUAAUAUUUUAUGAUGAUAGUGGUUAUUUUAUAUUUCAUUUUGGUUAUUCUAUAUUUGUGUGUCUAGAAGAAAUUCAACAUAUUACAGGAGAAAUAAAAAAAGAAAAAGAUCAUUCUUAUGGUACCUUAAAUAAUAAAGAAACAAAAAAAAUAUUUUUAAAACAUUACAUAAGUCAUGAUAAAUUAUUUUAUAAAACAUAUUUCGAUUUGUAUUACAAUUUAAGAGGUUUGUAUCUUGAUUUAUAUAAAUAUGAAAAGAAGAAAUUUAAUGAAAUGGAUAAGAAUAAAAAGAAAGAAGCCUACAAGGAUAGUAUAUUUAACAUAUUAAAUAAAUAUAAUAAAAGUGUUAAUAAAAGAAAUAAUAAUCCUACACAAGAACAUAUAAGCAUUAAUGAAAAUAAUAGAAACCAUGUUGGAGAUAAAAAUAAUGAUUUUGUUGAAAAAAUAAAACAAGACUUAUUUGAUAAUGAAGAUAUUAUUCUUAACUUAUUUCCAUUAAAAUCAAAAUAUAAUCCAAAUAUUAAAAAAAUAAUUGAAUGUUGUAAAAUUGACAAAGAUAAAUAUUCUUUAAGAAGAUCUAAAGAAUUAAAUAACUCUAUUACGAAAUUAAACAAUGAUAUAUAUAUAAACAAUUCAACAAGAAAUUGUAUACUUUUGGGAAAUACAAAUUAUGAAUUUGUAGAAUUAUUAGAAGAAUUGGAUGAUACAUCAACAGAUAAUAAUAUAAAUAAAAAAUUGGAUACGUAUCCAUUCUUACCUUUACAUUUAUUGUAUUAUUAUAUGAAUCUAUGUUCUAAUGUAAAUUAUUUUGAUAAUAUAUAUGAUCCUUACAAUGAAAAACAAACACAUGCAGUUGACAGGACAAACGAAUCGAAUUUAGAGUAUAACGAUGAUAAUAAUAAUAAUAAUAAUAAUGAGGAUGAUGAUUAUUAUUAUGAUGAUGAUGAGGAGGAGGAGGAGGAGGAUGAAGAUGUGGAUAAUACUUAUGAUGAUGAUAAUUAUGAUAAUUAUUAUGAUGAGGAAAACAAAUAUAACAACGAAAAUUUUGACUACUAUGAUAAGGAUGGUCAAAAUGAAAACAACCAUGUACAUAAAGCAAAAAAUAAUCAUAAUAAAAAUGUUUUAAAAAAAAGAAAAAUAUAUGAUUAUCAAAACAAAGAACCCUUUAUUAUUAACAAUGAUGGUUUUUUCUAUAAAGGUUUUGAAUAUCAUAAUUAUUUGUGUAUAAAAAAUAAUAAAUUAGACGAAGUCAACAAGCCAAUUAAAGAAUAUUCCAAUUUACACACAUUUUUAGAAAAAGAAAAAAAAAAAAAAAAAAAAAAUUUAUUAACAAGUCAGGUAAAUUAUAAUAAUAUAUAUUAUACAAAUGUAGAUCCAAAUGAAAGGUAUACAGAGAAUAUAUUUCUAAUAUCAAAUUAUAUAAAUAAAUAUGAUGUAGAAAAUAGUAUAAAAAAUAUAGGAUCAGCAUUAUAUAGUGAAAAUAAUUUAGAUUUCUUAAUUAAGUUGAUAUCAAAAAGUAUAAUAUUUUUAAAUAUGAAUAUAUUUAAAUUAGCAAUAAUGAAUUUUAAUAAAUUCAGUGGAAGGAAUUUAUACAAAAUAUUAAAGUGUCGAUCAAAAACAUUGUUUUUUGUUAAGAGUAUAUUAAAUGUGCUUUUUAAUUUUUUUUAUAAUUUAACACAUGAUAAUAAUGAAUUCAUAACAUUAAAAACUUAUAGAAACAAUGAAUUGUUUUAUUCAUUAUUAUAUUUAUUAAAUAAAUUAUUAAGUUUUAAUGAUUGGUUAGGUUCAAAUAAUAUAACUGAAUAUAAUCAUCAUUCAUCUAUAUAUAUAUUAAGAUAUGAUAUAAUAUAUAUAUUAAGGAUAUUUUAUUUAUGGUUUAACAAAACAUCUGAUAAUCAAUCCUUUUUAUUUCGUUCGGUAUUAAAAUAUACGCGACUAAUUCCUUCUUAUAGUACAUCUGGAAUGUUACUACUACUAACAUUUUUGGACUUUAAAUAUAUUUUCCCAUCAUAUGUAUAUUCUUUUUAUAUUUCUAAGGAUUUAAAAAAUAUUUGCUAUGAAGGAAUUAAAAGUGCGAUAAAUGUGAAAGAGCAAGAUGAGGAAGAAGAGGAAGAAGAAGAAGAAGACCAAGGGACAAAAAAUAGGGAAGAUGAACUUAUUUUGGAAGAGUCAGAAAUGGAUAAUCUGGAUUAUAUUAACGACCACGACGAUGAUGAUGAUAAUAAUGAUGAUGAUAAUAAUGAUGAUGAUAAUAAUAAUGAUGAUAAUAAUGAUGAUGAUAAUAAUAAUGAUGAUAAUAAUAAUGAUGAUGAUAAUAAUAAUGAUGAUGAUAAUAAUAAUGAUGAUGAUAUCAAACUUCCAAAGGGUAAAAGAAAAAACAACAAGAAAAAAGAACCCAUCAAAAAAGAACCCAUCAAAAAAACAACAAUUAAUAAAAGAGGUGGAAGGAAACCAAAAAACAAAGUUGAAGAUAUUAAAAAGGAAGAUAACGAACAAGUGAAUAAUCAUGAACAGGGUACAGAAGAAAUGAUCAAAGAAGAAGAAACAAAUGAGUGUGAUAAUAAGAAAGGUAAAAGAGGAAAACGAAAUAGUACGAAAAGUAAAAGAAAUGAAGAUACUGAAAAUUUAAAAGAAGAGACAAUACAAAAUAAUAAAGAAGAUGUACAUAUGGAUAAUAAUCUUAUAGAGGAAGAAGAAAAAAAAGUGGAUUUAAAAAUAAAUGAUAAUAAUAUAUGUAAUACUAUAAAUGAAGAAUACACUAUUAUAGGGUUACCUAACUUUAACAAAUUAGAUAUAUAUGAAAAUAAUUAUGAAACCUUUGUUUUGUAUUCAAACAUUUUAAAUAGUAAUAACGGAACUACAUUUUUUAGCGAUGAAGAAGAAGAAGAUGAAGAGGUAGAGGUAGAGGUAGAGGUAGAAGAAAUAGAAGAAAGGAAAAAAAAACAUUCCUCCAUAUUUAAAGAUGAAAAACGUGAAUACCUAAAAGAAGAACGAGAAAUAAAUGAGAAAAAAAAAAAAAAAAGAGUAAGAAAGAAGGAAGAAAUUAACGAAGAAGAUGAAAAUAUUAAACAAGAGAAAGAAUAUUAUGGAGAAAAAAAACAACAAUUUGGAAAACUAAAUCAAGAUUAUGAGUAUGAAGAAAAACGGAAUCAAAUGGAACGUGAAUUAGAAGCACAAUCAGAAUCACAUAUUUUACCAUCACAAGAAGAAAAAGAUGAUUUGUAUUCUGAAAGAGGUAGUGUUUUAAAUAUAUAUAAAAAUAAAGAAUAUAAUUCUUAUGGUUAUAAUAAUAUUAUAUAUAUGGAUAAGAAAAAUGAUUAUCAGAAUAACAUGCUUUUAAGGAAAGAUAAAGAACUAGAAAAAAUCAUUUUAUAUUAUAAAUUAAAUAAUCCAUUUUAUUUGAAUGAGAAAGGGAAAAAUGAAUGUUUAUAUUUAUGUUGUGAUAUAGAUAUCACAAAACAAAUUAUGAAUGAAAAUUUUUGUGAGCAUUUCCGUGUAUUCAACUUAAAUUAUUCUUCAGAUGAUUAUGAAGAAGUUUUUUUUGAAGAUUAUAAGAAAAGAGGUUUUUAUAUGAGAAAGAAUUAUAUAUCAUUAAUAGGAAAUCUAAGUAUGAAUUUUAAGAAUAUAAAAGAUCAAAUUGACACAUUAACAAAUCAGAAAGAGAAAAGUAAUAAUAAUGGAAUAAAUAGCAUGAUGAAUAAUUCUUUGGAACAUAAUGUAUUAAACAAAAAUUUUUUAGGAAAUCAUUUCAAGGGUGUGUCAUUUUUAACGUCUAAACGAAUAUUAAGUAAUAACAGUAGUAAUAAUAUUAGAACCUAUGAUAAGAAUAAUGCUAUGAAUAUAUCUAAUGAUUAUUUAAAUAAUACAAGUUAUAGAGAAAAUAAGAACGUUUCACGAGAACAUUUAAAAUAUGAACAAUCCAUAUUAUUAAAGAAGGAUGAGAGGAAAGGAGAGAAAUUAUUAUCUUCAAAUGAUAAGAAUAAUUUAUCUAAGAAAAUAAAAAGAAUAGAAUAUAUUACAAGGACAUGUCCAUAUUCAAUAAAACGAUUUCUCCAACUAAAUGAUGAUAAUUAUGAGGACGUUGAUAAUAAUAAUAUUAAUAGUAAUAAUAUUAAUAGUAAUAAUAAUAAUAAUAUUAAUAGUAAUAGUAAUAAUAAUAUUAAUAAUAAUAAUAAUAAUAAUAUUAAUAAUAAUAAUAAUAAUAAUAAUAGUAGUUAUAAGAAUGAAGGUAAUUAUAAUUAUUAUUUUAACGAAACGAAGGAAGAUGAUCACGAAGAUGUUAUACUUAACAAAUUAAGGAGAGAAGAAUAUUUAUAUGAUCAACAUAUUAGCGUGAAUAAUUUAAAUGAAGAAGAAAGAUCAAAAUUAUUUUUAAUUCGAAAAGAAUUAAAAAAUAAGGAAUAUACAAAUUUUGAAGACUUUUGUGAUUAUAUAAAUUUUAUUAUAAGAAUUAGUAAAAGUAAUAAUAUUAUUGCUAGAUGUUUAAGUGUUCAAUGUUGUGUUAUAUUUAUUAAUCAUAGAAUACCUAUAUUUACAAUAUUAUAUGAUCAUAUAUAUAAAAUCAUAAGUAAAUUAAAAGAUUUCAAUUUUUUAAGUGCAAAUCAUAAAAAGGAUUAUAGAUCUAGUAGUAUUGUUAUGAAUAAGAUUAAUUAUUUCUCCUUCUAUUCAUAUAAUUCUACACAAUUAAAUAAUGUUUAUUAUACAUUUAAUGAAGAAAUAUAUCUACUUAAAGAAUUAUCUAAUAUGUUUUCGUUUCUAUUAGAUAUAAUAAAAAUUUGUUUCUUUAAUAAUUACAAAAAUAAUUAUAAUAAAUUAAUUAAAUUGUUAUAUCUCCCUUGUGAAAAAUUAUUGAUUAUAUUAUAUAAUUUUAUUAAUAACUUGAAGAAGAUAUUUCCCCAGGAGCUCAUACGUUUUAUAAUCAAAAUAUCGAGCACCAUAUUUCAUGGAUAUGCAUAUGUUUUGUUCUUAUUUUUCCAUAAGCAUUCCAUUUUUUAUAAUAACACAAAUGAGAACAUGGAAAGUAAUAAAUCCAAGAACAAUUUAGAGGGCACAAAGAAAAAUAGAGAUAUUAAUAAUAGUAAUGAUCAUUUAGUUUAUGAUGAAGAUGAUUUAUUUUAUCAUAAAGAUCAUUUUUUUAAGGAAAGAGAAUAUGUUAAAAAAGUUCAGAAACAAUCAUCAACAAAGGAAUGUAAAGAACCAUCCUCUUAUUGUAAAUCAGGUUCUGUUAAUUCAUUACAAUAUAAUGAAAAAGAAUUAUUUUCUUGUCCUAAUUAUAUGAAAUAUAUAAAAUAUUUUAUACAAUAUUAUUUUGAAUUGAUUAAUACGAAAAAUAUAGUUGAUCGAAAUAAUAAAGAAAUACUUUAUAAAUAUACCGAUUAUGUAGAUUUAAAAACAGUACAAUAUUGUUUAAUAAAUAUAUAUGAAAUAAUAAAAAAUAAAAUCUUUUAUUUCUUUACAUUCUUUAAAGUAGAAAAAAAUUUAAUAAAUCUAUUUUUUAGAUAUAUACAUAAUUAUAAAGACCACAGAAAAAAAAUACCAUGUAUAUUUUAUAAAGCACGAGGAAAAAAUAUCAUCAUAAGUAUGAACAAGCAGAAAGAAAAUAAAAAUAAUGUUGAUCACAAUAAUAAACAUCACGAAACAAAUUGUGAUAUUAUGAAUCACCAUCAUCAUCGUGAUAAUAAUGAAGAAAUAUAUAACCAUAUAAAAUAUUAUAAUGACGAAAUAGUAUUUUUUCAUGUUUACGAUUUUUGUGUACGUUUAAACAAGCACAUUAAUAUCGGUAAUUUGUUGGACUUCUUUUCAUUUUACUUUGAUAUAAUAGAAGAAACGAAUAACAAAAUUAUUGAAUUAUAUGAAUAUGUAUAUAUAAUAGAUAUUAUAUUAAAUAUAAUUAUAACAAUAAUAAAUUAUAAUUACAACUCGCUUUUUAUUCUUUUCCAGCUAGUCAACACACAAUUUUCACCCAUCCUAAUGAAAUAUAUAAAAAAAGAAAUAAAAAGGGUUGACAAAAAUAAAGCUAUAGAGAAAAAAAUUAAUAUACCACAUCAAAAAGGGCAGAUAAAGCAAAACAAAUCUGAUAUGUCAACAAAUAACAUGUCUCAAAUGGGUUCAAGGGAGACCAAAAAUAUUACAACCGAUUAUUGUAAUGAUGGUAAUAAAAAGGUUGUAAAAUUUUUAGAAGACUUUAAAAAAGACUUUUUAAAUAAUAUUUUGCAUAGUAUGAAUAAUUUGUAUGAUUUUGUAAUUACCAAGAUGGAUGGAAAAUUGGGAAAUCACAAUAAAGUUUGUGAGGAUCCAUCUAAUCAUAAUACAAAUGAAGAUAAUGCAAAUCAAAAUAAUACAAAUGAAGAUAAUACAAAUGAAGAUAAUACAAAUGAAGAUAAUACAAAUCAAAAUAAUGCAAAUCAAAAUAACACAAAUCAAAAUAAUACAAAUAACCAAGGUGAUGAUCAUUAUGGUGAUGAUCUUUAUGGUGAUGAUCAUUAUGGUGAUGAUCUUUAUGGUGAUGAUCAUUAUGGUGAUGAUCAUUAUGGUGAUAAUAAUUACUAUGACAACUUUCAUAUUAACUUGAACAGUUCAUUGGAUAUAUUGUCAAAAUAUAUAUUAAAUAUGAUAAAAAAAAUAAAAUUCAUCAAAGAUGCCGUUCUGAAUCUAGAUAUGUGUUUUAUUCCGUACAUUAGUUUUAAGGAUUUUCUCAUGUUCGCUUCAUAUAAUUUAAAUGAAUUAAAUAAUUUGUAUUCUAAAGAAAAGAUGAAAAAACAUGCACGUAUACAUAACAAUGAAAUGGGUUAUUUAUUUGAUCAACAGGGUCCCCCCGCAAAAAAAACAAGAAAAAAUAAUGAUACGGAUAAUGAAAUGAAAAAAAAUGUUCCUCAUGAUGAAGAAGAAAAUAAUAUACCCAUGAAUGAGGUUAAUAAAAGGAGAAAUGAAGAAAAAGAAAGUACAACUUUUGAUAAUAGUACAUUAAUAUCCAAAAAUGAUUGUAAAAAUAGCGAUUAUAAUAUUUUCAAUAUAUUUUGUAAUAAUAAGAAGGGGUAUUUGUUUUUCUUUCAUAAUAUGUUUAAUAAUAUAAACUUGAUGAUUAAUAAUAAAUUUUUAUAUAAUAAAAUGGUUGAUGUAUUUUUUUCAAAGAAUAUAUUAAAUAAAAUCAUUAAAGGAUAUGAAUCACAUCAACAUUUAGAUAAUAAUUAUUUAUUAACAAUAAAAAAUAUUAACUCAAAUAAUAUAAUUCCUUCAGUUAAUAAAAAAUUAUAUGAUUAUUGUUCACAUUUUUUUUCAGAUAUUCAAUCUAAAAUAUAUUUAAAUGAAAAUGAUGAAGACAUAAAGAGUUUCAUCGUUUUUAAUUUAGCUCAAGAUAAUAAAACUAAAGAAAUUGAUGAGAAUCAUUUAUUAUAUAAUUAUAUAAAAAUUUUAAAAGAUAUAGAAGAAAAUCAAAAAUUGGAAAAGAAAAAAGUACAAUUCAGUAAUUUAAAAAAUAUAAAUACCAAACCAAAAAUAUAUAAAAAGUCAGAUAAAAAUAACUUUGAAGAUCCUUUUAGAAAUAGAAAAACAUUAUCAUCAAGAGCACCUUCAAAACAUGUUGAUGAUUAUGAAGCAUCUAAUAUAGCACAAAAUAAUACGUCACUUGUUGCGGAAAAGGUAGAUAUUCACAAUAACAACAACAAUAAUAAUAAUAAUAAUACAAAAGUUCUAACAAAUAAUAUUACAAAUGAACAAAAGGAAUCCAAUUAUGUAAUAUUAAAUAAAAAUAAAAAUGAUAAUAUAAAUAACACACAUGAAGAAAAUAAUAUCACAAUAAAUUCUAUGACAAACGAAUUCGAUAAUUCAAAAAUUGGAACUACUAAUGAUUUAUCAAAUGCUUUAAAUAAUACGUAUCAAAAUGAUGACAUUUAUAAUAAAAAUAAUUAUGAUCAUGAUGAUGAUUAUGAUUAUAAUAAAAAUAAUUAUGAUGAUAAUGAUGAUAAUUACUAUAAUUAUCAGGAUGGAGAAAAUGAAUAUGAUAAUUAUGAAGAUGUUUACAAUAAUAAUAAUUAUAAUUAUUAUGAUGAUGAAGAAAAUUAUCAAGAGGGAGAGGACCAAUAUAAUAAUUAUGAUCACAACAAUUCAAAUUAUGUGAUGAAUGCAAAUAUGGAAAACGCAAAUGCAAAUGCAAAUGCUAAUAUUUAUUCAUAUAACUCGGAAAAUAAUAAUAUACUUGGAAAACAAGUAAAUAACAUAACAAGCAACAACAAAAACAAUUAUAAUAAUAAUAAUAAUAAUAUUAAUUGUAAAAAUGAUAACGUGUUUAUUUCAAAUGAUCAUAAUAUGAAUAAUCAUAUUAAUAAUGAUCAAAAUUAUACAACUAAUGCAUAUGAACACAAUCAAACAUAUAAUAAUAAUAAUAAUAAUAAUAAUAAUAAUAUAGAAACAAGUGCACAAAAUAAAAAUAAUAAAUAUGAAGAUUGUACAUGUUAUCAAUUCAACUUAUUGGGAUGGAAAGAAUUUUCAGAAGAUGGUCAUAAAAAUGAUCUAGAUGUCUGUAAAAUUGUUAAUAAACCUUUCUUAUUAAGAGAUCCACGUAUAAAAAUGAAAUUUCUAAAAAUAUUAGAGAGACAUAAUAAUAUUAAAGAUAUCUUCAAAAAAUUAGGAGUUGACAUAAAGUGA